AAAGAAAAUACACACAAACAUUAUGACAUUUCAAAUUAUAAGUUUCCAAUUCAGCAAUAGGUAUUUCAUGUUUUUAAAAUGUUUGUUUGGUAUCGUAUUAUACUUAACAGAAUCAUUUGCACAGAAUGAAUUGGCUAUAAAUUCAGUAAAUGAGACAAGUGCUGUGAUAUCAGGUCCAAAUAAAGAAGUUUGGUUCCCACGUGUGAUCAAUGGCAUUCCAGCUAAAUUAGGGGAUGUUCCUUACCAGGUGUCUUUAAAGAAACUAAUGAAAGACGGUUUUUACAUGACUUUUUGUGGAGGAGCCAUAAUUAGUGAAAAAAAGGUUCUAAGUGCUGCCCAUUGCUUUGUGGAAAAUGUACAAAGAAACGUUUCACUAGAAGGGUUCAUUGAUAAUAUGUUGCUGAUGGACAAAUGUGCUGUCGCUGGCUGUCUACUGAAUAAAGUCAAUCACACUAAUGACAAUGAUCAAGCACAAUGGAGGAAGCUAGCAGGCGUCAGAUAUCCCAAAAAUUUCAGCUUUCCCAAUUAUGACAUAGCAGUUGUGUAUCUUUGUACCCCAUUUAUUUAUACUGACUACGUGGCUCCGAUUCCGAUUGCAUCAAAAGAAAUGGAUUAUAAUGGCACGUGUUUGGCCUCUGGGUAUGGAAGAACAAGCCAUACUGAAAAGGAUGCCAUAAGUAAUAUUCUAUUACUAGCACAUUUGGAACUGGACAAACGAGCGGCGUGCUCUAUAUCGCAAUUAGGUGACAACGACAGUUUCGUGUGUAUUAAUAUACAAGGCUCAGAUGUUGCAAAGGGUGAUUCUGGGGGUCCUCUAGUAUGCAAAAAUACAGGUGAUCCAAAUGAAAAAGAAAAUGGAGUAUUAGUUGGUGUCGUCAGCGGCCACAUCAGAGAACGAGGAUCAUUCUUCUCUAGAGUUUCCAAAUACUAUGAUUUCGUAACGGACGAUCCUGCAUUGGAUUCCUUCUCAAACAUACCUUCAUACACUUCUUUACACAGCUCAUCCCCCUCUUACUCCCUGGAUACAUUUAACUCUAUAACAAUAGUGAUAAUAUACAACAUAUUUUUAUUCUGA